AUGGCGGUGAUUCUGCAAGUAAACCUUGAUGGGACCGUGCUUGCGCAUGAUCUGCUGGACCAGUUCUCCCGCGCCCGGGGUGUAGACUCGCUCUUCAUAAAUGAGUCGUCCCGCACGUUAUCAGGUUGGGGCUGGUACUGCGACAGGACUGGAUGCGCGACCAUCUUGAUUCGCAGCGACAAGUUUCCCGUAUCCAAUUCCAGAGGCGGGGACGGGUUCGUGCGGAUCAGGAGUGGAAGAGUAUUCUAUGUGAGCUGCUACAUUUUCCUUAACAUAUCGAUCGGCGUCCUUAGAGGGCGGCUUGCCGAGCUCGAGGAUACUAUUUGUGUGUGCAGGGAGAAUGGCGACUUAGUCCUGGCCGGCGACUUCAACUCCAAGGCCAUCUCUUGGGGGGAGCCGAGAACCGACUCCAGGGGGCGGGCGGUGCUAGAGAUGGCUGCAAGGCUAGAUCUCAUCGUCAUGAACUCUGGUAGUUUAGCAACGUUCAGACGAACCGGAAACCGGGGCACGAUCAUCGACUUUACACUAGCGUCGUCACAAAUGGCGGCGCGGGUGUCUGACUGGCAGGUUCUGGAGGACUAUACGGCUAGUUAUCACCAAAAUGUCAGCUUCACAAUUAAUGAGGAACAUGGAACAAACUUGCGAGGAGUGCCUCAAGGGCGUGCAGCCAGAUGGAACGUAGCAAAGCUGAAUCGAGAUUUGUUGCGGGAAGCCAUGACAAGCGCGCCCCCUUACGCCGACUUAUAUAAGAUUACCAAUGCGGUGGAAGUCGAGGCUCUUGUAGAGGGUACCAUGAGACAUGUCAAGGAGUGGUGUGACACGUGUAUGCCCAAAAGAACCGCCAGGCGGGGCUGGCGGUCGUGCUGCUAG